AUGGACAUGGAGAAGCGAGAAAGUGAAGAGGCGAUUCCAAUGGAGGAUGACGAGGCGCAAAGAGAGGCAAAUGGAAAAGCAGAGGAGUUGUGUGAAGAGCAGAAACAGCAAUCGGACCGAGAAGAGGAGGACGAGCUUGUCGAUUAUUUGAAACUAUUGGGGAUAAGAAGACUUAAUGAGGACGUGGAAAAGUUGAGUAAGCAAUACAUCGAAGCCGAUAAGGAAAAGAGGCAAUGGGAGAAAAAGGCACACAAACUGGAGGGCGAAAUUCUGAUGUUGAAGAACGAAAUGCAUGAGAUGAAGAAGCGAAGAGCAAGAAUGGUCAAGAACAACGGAAAUGAGGACGACGCCGGAGGAAGAAGGAUGGAAGGAAUGGUGUGA